UGCUAUGCAGGCAAGGGUUAACUGGGCGUGUCGUCACUGAUAUCACAGGUAUGAACAUUUCAACACAUGCUUACCUAGAAGCUCUGCACGUCUUUUUUUCGUCACAACUAGCCUUUGAGAAGGGAAGGGAUGGUAGCUGCUCUCGUCAACGGCAAUAAAACCGUUUGGUGAACUUCCUCCUUAAAAUCAUACCUGCGGUACAGAAAAAAAAAUCUGUUGUGGGACAUUGUCCCACCUACCUCAGAAGAAAUACGUGUGACAUCCAUUGUAGCCAAAUAGUAACUCAGCUCCAGAUAGGGCCUUUGUGCCCUAUGGAUGUGGAUAAAGACAUAAUUUUAUAAACUGGUCUGAAUCAAUGGCUCCAUCCCCACCUCCACCUCCACCUCCACCACCUCCAGUGCCACCUCCACCGCCUCCUCCUCCUCCUCCAGGCAAUGGGCCCCUCUCCCGCAAGGGCCACAAUCGGCGCUCCAAGAUGCGCAACUUCAACUGGGAGGCCAUUCCCCAGCACAGUGUACUGGGCAAGCACAACAUCUGGACAACAGAGCAGACCAGUACCGACUAUGAGCUGGACACAAAGCGCAUGGAGGAACUGUUCAGUCGCACAGACCAGAGCCCAUCACCAAGGAAGGCCUCCAUUCGCCGCAGUAUCCACGGGAUGCCAGCCAGUACCCAGGGAACUGAGGUAUCUAUACUAAGCUCCAAGAGGAACAUGAACAUUGGAAUAUUCCUCAAGCAGUUUAAACGGCCGAUGGUGGACAUGGUAGCGGAUAUCAGCCAGGGCCAGAGGGAGGGGUUCGCCAGAGGGAAGGUCCGGGAGUUGUGCAAACUGCUUCCAGAGGAGGAGGAGGUGAAACAGCUACGUGCGUAUGAAAGCGAUAUUUCCGUGCUUUCUGAGGCGGACCUCUUCAUGGUGCUUCUUGUUAAAGUUCCUUGCUAUGAGGAAAGACUGCAGAGUCUGGUGCUGAAAGAAGAAUUUUUCCCUUUCAUGGAUGAACUUAAUCAGUCCAUCGCCACUAUGACCGCAGCUGGGCAAGAGUUGCUGAAAUGUGUUGAUCUCCACUCUGUCAUCCGGUUAGUGUUGAAAACAGGAAACUACAUGAACGCUGGUGGUUAUGCGGGCAGUGCCAUUGGCUUCCGGAUGACCUCCCUUUUGAAACUAGUUGACACCAAGGCCAACAAGCCUGGCAUGAACCUGAUGCACUAUGUGGUGAUGCAAGCACAGAAGGUUGACAUGGCUCUGCUGAAAUUCCCCAACCAACUGGAGCAUCUGGCUGAUGCAGCAAGAAUUCAGAAACAGGAACUGGAGGCUGAGUUCCAGCUGAAGGUGAAGAAAGUUCAAAAGGUGAAGGAGGAUUCAGAAAAGCAACCAGACCUUAAAGAACAAAUGGAGGAUUUCCUAAAAGAUGCGGAGUGUUGUCUGGCUGAAACUAAGACCUCCUUCCAGGACCUGAACUCACUGACUCAGUUAGUUGCUGAAUACUUCUGUGAGGAUCCCAAACAGUUCAAGCUCGAGGAGUGUUGCCUCAUCUUUCACUCUUUCUGUCAGAAGUUCCUACGAGCCAUUCAGGAAAAUCGGGAUCGAGAGGUUGCGGAGAUGAAGAGAAGACAACGUGAGCGCGUGCAGUGUGCCGCCAAGCGCCGCUCUACAGCCUCCUGCUCCACGAGGGACAAGGACAUGGAGGGGGUGGCCCUGGAGUCCGUCCUACAGCGAUUCCUCAACAACCGCACGUCACGCCGGAGAGGAGGCUCGCACUCGCCCUCCGGCUCCAGCUGCGGCAGCCUGUCGGAGGUUCCCUCCAAGGAGAGCUGCCUCGCCCAGAAGAACUCUGCUGGCGGUGAGGGGGGGUGGUGGUGGUGUUGGUGUUGUUGGAGGUGAGAUGGAGGCGGGUGGAGGGAGGGACUCCACCAAAGGAGCUGAGGUACAGAGACAUUUGACGAGCAGCUUGCCGCAGUUGCUCGACAUGGAGAACGUGGCG